CAAGUAGUCACCCUAAGCUUCAGUCUUCAACUAGCUCAACAGUGUGCCUCGCAUCAAUUUGACCAUUCCCCAACACCUUCGUAUCAAUCUUGGAUAGCCUGGCCGUCAGCCUGGCCUUUGUCUUCGACCUAUAACGCCCUUCUCGUGCCCGCACUCACCACCACCAUGGCGGGUCGUGGCCGUGGUGCGGCCAUGUUGGCCAAAAUUCGCAGUUUAAAACAAGCCCAAACCGAAGAAGAGCCGCCUCAAUCGGAAAGUCCAGUCUCCACGACCUCAAACCCACUGCCAGAGGUCACUCAAUCGCGUCCGGCAUCGGGCUUGUCCAGUUCGACUCCCACCACUGCCACCACUCAUUCGGCUCCUUCCACGCCCACCGUGGGUGCGCCUGAGUCCGGAUAUGUGUCGGAUAAGGCCCCUGGCUCCGACGGGUCGGCCUCGUUAAGUGUGGGCCGAGGGCGAUCUGCCCUGUUGGCCAAAUUAGCUGCCCAAAAGUCGUCUCGCAGUCCGACCAUUCCAGAAGUUCCAGAUGUAGUUUCUCCUACGGUGGAACUACACAAAGUCGCCCAGAAACCCAUUGAGUCAAUGUCCAAGCAACUUGAAGCCAUGGAAGUGACUCAAAAGCCAGUUAUCCGUCGAGGCACUCAAGGCAAGUCCGUUCCAUGUGGAGCAAAUUACGUGAGCCUACGUUUUCCACCUGGAAAGGGAGUGUUUGAGUACCACGUGGCCUUCACUCCCCAAUUGGAUUCUAUGUAUGAGAGAAGGAGAGCAUUGGACGCUCUGGGACGCAUCAAAACCUUUGAUGGAGUCAAAUUGUUUCUGCCUACGGAAUUGCCGGAUGAGGUCACUGUUCUGAAGGUCACGACCCAAUCUGGCUUAGAGGUGAAGGUGACGGUCAGCUUCAAGGCCAAGAUGAAUUUGGGCCACAAGGAUUGCAUUUUCCUAUAUAACGUUCUAAUGCGAAGGGUCAUGGAACAGUUGAAGAUGUGUCAAAUCAAUCGGAACUUUUACAUUCCCUCCUUGGCCAAGCCAUUUACGCAAUAUGACUUGGAAGUUUGGCCUGGCUUCGAGACCGCAAUUGACGAAUAUGAAGGAGGCCUAAAACUGCAAAUCGACAUCAGUCAUCGAGUUCUUAGAAUGGAAACGGCCUACAAAGUUAUCAAGGGAAUAGCACAGAAAGGUGGCAACGUCAAGAAUGACGUGGAAAAAGCUCUUCUGGGAACCACAGUCCUCACGAGGUACAACAAUAAAACUUAUCGGAUUGACGACAUCGAUUGGAACACAAAUGCUCAAUCCACGUUCACCAAUUCCAAAGGAGAAGAGGUGUCGUUCCUCGAUUAUUACAAGCUUCAGUAUGGAAUCGAAAUCAAGGACAAAGAGCAGCCUCUCCUCGUGAACAUUCCCAAAGUCAAGGCCCAUGGAGAGGCGAAGGUCACCAAGAUGAUCAGUCUUAUCCCAGAACUGUGUAACCUGACUGGUUUGACUGAAGGAAUGCGAAGCAACUUCAACUUGAUGCGAGAAAUGGCCACGCACACUCGGGUGGAUCCAAGUGUGAGACAAAAGACAUUGUCUGACUUUGUCCAAAAAAUCCGGACGACCCCAGAAGCCCAAGCUAUUCUGGAUAACUGGGGAUUAGAAAUAUCUCCUCAUACGACAAAGGUUGAAGGACGACUUUUGGACCCUGAGCGACUCCAUUUCGGGCGAACUAAGGAAAUGGUUGGCCCAACUGCGGAUUGGACCCGGUCCGCCACGUCCACGCCCGUUUUAACCGCAGUCAAUGUGGAUCAGUGGGAUCUGGUGUUCCCCAAGACGGCCGCAGCUUUGGUCAAGAAAUUUGCCGAAACCAUGCAGAUUCAAGGCAAACGGAUGGGCAUUUCCGUGGCCAUGCCCAGACCUCAGCCUCUGGUGAAUGAUCGAACGGAAACCUACUUAACCGCCAUUCGGAAUGCCAUCGAUAUUGGGACCAAUCUUGUGGUUUGUAUCUUCCCUCAACAAAGGGCUGACCGUUAUGCGGCCGUGAAGAAACUGUGCUACAUCGAGAGACCCGUGGCCAGUCAAGUGGUGCUUCAAAAAACCAUCUCCAACGAGAAGCGAUUGGCCUCCGUGGUGCAAAAAGUGGCUCUUCAGAUUAAUUGCAAACUGGGAGGAGAGCUGUGGGCCUGUGACACACCCUUCAAGAACGCAAUGGUCGUGGGGAUUGAUGUGUAUCACGACCCGGGACAAAGAAACCAAUCCAUCGCCGGUGUUGUCACAUCUAUCAAUCAGCGAUUCUCUCGCUGGCACUCGACCACGAGUUUUCAGCGUCCCCAUCAAGAGCUUGUGGAUGCCCUCAAGAUCUCGUUCCUCUCGGGGUUGAAAGCCUAUCACCAAGAGAACAAUCAAUGGCCCAACCAAGUGAUCGUGUUCCGAGAUGGUGUGGGUGACGGGCAAAUGGAAUUCACUCAGAAGCACGAGGUCCGACAAUUGAAGGAAUGUUUCGCCCAAUGUGAGCGAGGGUACAAUCCGGACUUUGUGUUCGUCGUGGUCCAAAAGCGAAUCAACACUCGGAUCUUUGGCGUGGCCCGAACAGGGAAAUUCGAGAACCCUGCCCCUGGCACGGUGGUGGAUCACACCAUUACCCGACGAAAUUUCUACGACUUUUUCUUGGUGUCUCAGAAGGUCGGUCAGGGCACCGUUUCGCCCACCCAUUACGUUGUGAUCGAGGAAGAAAAAAACGACACCAUGCCUCCAGACGUCGUUCAGAAACUGGCGUACAAGCUCACGCACAUGUACUACAAUUGGCCGGGCACCGUGCGAGUUCCCGCCGCUUGUCAGUACGCUCACAAAUUAGCUGCGAUGGCUGGAGAGCACUUGAAGAAAGAACCCAAUCCCGCUUUGGCGGAUAAGCUCUUCUACCUCUAAGGAGAUCGCGCUCGCCCUUCAAGAGGCCAGAGUCACAACCGUGUCGUCAUCCUCGGAAUGCUAUUCAGAAUUUCCUUAGGACUUGCCUUCUACGAAGCCGGUUGAUCACGACUGUCGUCAUUCUCCCAAGUUCUCGUUUUUGCGUUAUCUUAAGUUUUGAGAAACGAUCCUAAAUACAUUAAUAAAGAAUAAUGAAGCGACCCACA